AUGCAUUUUAAAGAUCCAGUGGCCAAAAGUAAAGUAUUUAAUUACUUAAAUAAAUUUGUACGGGAAUAUAACAGCUCGCCUGGAGCUGCAACUGCAACAAGAAGUGACACCUCUGAUGAAUCUGAUAAAGAUGAUUCUGAAUUUGACAUUUGGAAAUACCAUAAGCAGCUGACACAUAAAAACAUGAAAAAUAAAUCAUCUGCUACAGCUAUGCCACUAUCAGGCUCCAUCAGCGAAACCGAGGUCCAGAUGUACCUUUCAUCUCCUGUAACACCAAUAAAGAGAGAUGCCAUUGAAAAUUGGAAAGAUAUGAAAUCUCUUUUUCCAAAACUUACAAAAGUCGCAAUGAUAUACCUUCCAAUUGUAGCUACGUCUGUCCCAAAAGAAAAAGAAGAAAUUGAGCGCCUACCUUUAUCGAAAAAAGCGAAAGUUAUUAUAGAAAAUCGAAGAAAAACCAAGGAAAGAGUAAGAAAGCAUCGACUUCAGAAAAAACAGAACGAACAAACAAACACAAUAGUAAAUGAAAGUUCUAUCCGUGUGACACCACAAUCCAUUGGUAAAGCUGUAGUUCGUGCUCGUAACGCAUUGCCGGCUUGUCCCAUAAAAAAGCAAUUGGUGCUUGGAAGACUUUUGGAUGAAUGCCCGAAGGAAAGCCCUCCUACUAUGCACGGUGCAUCUGGAUUAGACAAGAAAGUCAUUCUUGAAAUACAAACAUUUUAUCAGCGCGAUGAUAUAAGCCACCAAGCACCUGGCUUAAAAGAUUAUGUCACAGUUCGCAAUGAAAGAGGAGAGAAGGAAAAAAUGCAGAUCCGGCAUUUAUUUUCAUCAGUGACUGAAUUCCAUAUUCCAUGCCCAUUCACUAUUUGUUCAAGAGUUUGGGAAUAUUGUGGGACGAAGCAAGUUUGCUGA